UUCUGGACUACGAUUGAACUUAGGGUUAGGUUCGUCCGUUACCUCUUUAAGCCCUGCUUUGGGAACAAGCUGAUAGGGCGCCGGCUCUGAAGAAGCAAUGAACCCGCCGUAUCCAGGUAGAAGGACCCAGGAGCAUGGAGCUUACAACGCGCCUUGCCAGGCUCCGCCCGUCUGCCAUCCAGUUGGGCAAUGACACCUGGAAGACCGAGGCCACACUCGGGGGCGGUGCAUCGUCUGAGCUAGUCUCGGCGGGCUGCGGAUCGACAGGGAGGCGCGCGCAUAGUUGGCCCCUUGGGAAAACAAGAGCGAGAAGAAAGGGAAAAAAGCAGUUGAGGAAUGAUGAAGGAAGGGUUGAAGGUGAUGCCUGCCCAAUUGGCCUAUCGACAGAUCCGCACGAGACGCGUUCUCCGCCGCUGUUCUCCUGCCGCGUAGCAUUUCCACCUUGGAGCGGAGAGGGAAGUCGCGUGCGGUCGCGUCCAGCUUUGGGGGAACACUCUCGGCCGAGAAUAUGUCGAAUUGCUACUCUCCAGCCCAAACGAAGGGAGACAAGAACGCCAUCCGCAUCUUGCCUCCCCAAAGGCCGGCGCUAGUUUGAGCUUGAUGAGGUCAGAGGACGCGCUGUUGAGGAGGAACCACACAGCAAUCGAAGCUUUAAAAGCCUUCCUGCAGAAAAAGUGAGCAGCAAGCGAGCCUUUGUUUGCGCAUGAGACUGGAGAGAGUUGCGACGAUGCUGUUUGGCAUGAUUUGCUGCAGUCGACGUCACCAGCGCGCUCGAGGUUUCGCGACUUGCACUGGCAAGAAACUCACGGAGUACCGCGCCAUUCGAUGCGAUCACGAUGUGACCUACGUU